CUCGCAUCUACAGUUGGCUUCUGGAGGAGUAAAGGUCUAUAGACUUUUGCACAAAAAUGUGGACAAAAAGCCUCUCCAGAUGAGUUAAAGUAGCACUAUUUUACCAACUAAAUUUAACUUCCUAUAAUGAAAAUGAAAGCAUUUAUUUUAAUAACUGGAUUGCUCUCUCUCCCUUCUAGCCUAACUGGACAUCAACAUAAGAACAGCUCCGCAAGUCCAAACGUAUCCAGCAGAACCUUUCACGGAAUUCAACAAGGAAUUUACGAGUGCUUUCCCCUACCUGAUAUGGAAGAUUCAACAACAUCUACUCUCAGAGAAUACAAAUGCUCUUCAGGAAAGUCAAAUGAUUCAACACUGAAAGUGAAUAAUACCACAAUACAGUAUCUGAACAGCUCUUUGAGCACCAAACUAAUACCUGCAGUGUAUCUAACUGUAGUUUUAUUAGGCAUACCAUCCAACACCAUCACUCUAUGGAUGCUAUUUUUCAGAAUAAGAUCGGUUUGUACAGCCAUAUUCUACACAAAUUUAGCAAUUUCAGAUCUUCUGUUCUGUAUCAUGCUGCCAUUCAAGAUAGCAUACCACUUCAAUGGAAACAACUGGAUUUUUGGGGAAGUCAUGUGUCGAACUAUGACUGCUAUUUUCUAUGGCAAUAUGUAUUGCUCCAUUCUACUUCUCUCAUGUAUCAGCAUCAGUCGUUAUGUAGCCAUCAUUCACCCUUUCACCUACAGGAGUCUACCAAAACGAACCUAUGCAAUCCUAGUUUGCUGCACAGUAUGGGCAAUUGUUUUUCUGUACAUGCUACCAUUCUACAUAACUAAGCAGAGCUACUGCUUGGAACAAUUAAAUAUUUGUACCUGCCAUGAUGUACAAAAUGCCAUGGAGAGUUUAUCAUUCCGAUUUUAUUAUUUUAUUUGUUUAGCAUUCUUUGGAUUUGUAAUCCCACUGACCAUAACUGUUUUCUGUUAUAUUGCUAUUAUUCAAACACUAAACAUUUAUGAGCAGAAAUGGCUAUGGUAUGUUAAAAUAAGUCUUUUAACCCUUACAAUUUUUGCUAUUUGCUUCAUACCAAGCAAUAUCAUACUUAUUGUUCACCACGUUAACUACUAUUACAACAAGAGAGAUGACUUAUAUUUUUUUUAUCUUAUUGCUUUAUGUCUAAGCAGUUUGAAUAGUUGCCUUGAUCCAUUCCUUUACUUUUUGAUGUCCAAAGUCAAGGAUCAAUCAAAUAUUUAUCUAACAAUGGUCAAAAUAUCUAGGGAAGAAUGA